AUGGCGCCCGCACUCGCCUCCGAAGAAACCCAAAUCGACACACACUCCCGCACCGCCCUCGCAACCACAAAGCGCAACCUGCGCUACCUCUACGACCCCAAAUCCGCGCCCAACGCCAUAUCCUCGCGGCGCACACGCACCCUCCUGCGCGUCCUGCGCUCAGCGACAAUAUUCCUCUUCUGGCGGCUAGUCCGAUACGCAAAAUAUGUCGCCAUUGGCAGCCUAGUUGCGACGAUUGGGGCGGGCGCGUUCGGCACCGUGGUGUCGGGCGCGGGGUUUGUGCUUGCGCCGACGGGGAUUAUGGGCACGGUGUUGGCGGGGAGUGUGUGGGGGGUGGGCAGGGUGGUGCUUCGGAGGGUGAAGCAUAGAUGGGGGCAUGGGGAGGGGUAUGGGGAGGAAGAGGAGGAGAGGGAGGAUAGAAGAUGGGGGAGGGUGGAUGAGGUUGAUGCUAUGCCUUGGUGA